CGACAUGUGUUGAUUUUAUGAAAAUUAUUUAAAGGCACAAUGAUUCUGAAAACCAUUAAUAGCUUUAAUCUCAAUGUAUGUGCCAAUUAAAAAAAUAGCAAGCCUCGACAAUUAUUUUUGUUAAUUCUAAAUAUGACUAAGCCAUGAAAUAUUUCGAUUCAAUGUUAAACCCAUAAAACUUAAAAUGUAUUGUAUACUGUAGAAAGUAAAUACAUACUAUUAUUUUUGGGUGAUCUUCUCCCAAAACAAGGGGUCCAUGGUCCACUCAUUUUUUUUAGUUUAUAUUGAACUCUUAAUUGAGUCAAAAUUUUAAUAAACAAGCCGGUUCAACCUUAACUCAACACGUUGAUAAACGAGCAAAGAAAGAACCAAAUUUGAACCGGACAAAACUCGACGGAUUAACCACACUACUCAGUACUCACAUCUCUUUUUUUAUGACUGUGGGCUUAUAACAAUUCCAAAGCCCAACAGUUGAAAUCAGGCCCAAUUUGGCGCCACAGCCUCAGCCCUCUCGUCUUCUCAAUCCUCGCCAACAUAAAUAGAACCCUAAUCCCCCAAUUCUUCCUAGCCGUCAGCACUCCAUCGCAGCUCUUGCGGAAAACCCUAUUCGCCGUAAGCGUUCCUUCCCCCCUGUCCCGCCGCAUUCUGCAUCAAUCUUCACUUUAGAUGAUCAUCUAAGCUCUGCUUGGUCCUCUUUUGCAGCCUUCGCAGGAAAGCCAUCUCAACCGGAGUGAAAAAAAAUGGUGACCGCAAAGAAGACAAAGAAGACCCAUGAGAGCAUCAACAACAGGCUCGCCCUGGUGAUGAAGAGCGGGAAGUACACCCUUGGGUACAAGACCGUCCUUCGCACCCUGAGAAACUCAAAAGGGAAACUAAUCAUCAUCUCUAACAACUGCCCUCCUUUGAGGAAGUCGGAGAUCGAAUACUACGCCAUGCUUGCCAAGGUUGGGGUUCACCAUUACACAGGAAACAACGUUGAGUUGGGCACUGCCUGCGGCAAAUUCCACCGUGUUUCUUGCUUGAGCAUCAUUGAUGCAGGUGACUCGGAUAUCAUUAAGUCCCUUCCAGGCGACCACUAAAUGCCUUGCCCGUCUCAUGGAAUCGCGCUUACUUCAAUUCGUGACGGUGUUUCCUUUUGUUUCCAAAAUGUGGCAGUUUUUUGUUUUAGAGUUGGAUUAGCAAGAAUGAUGUGUUGUCGUGAGGAUUUUGUCCCCUCUCAUACUCUUAUUAUGUAUCUAGGUGGUAGCAAUGUUUUGUUGGAUCCGGUUAUGGCAAAAUUUUCACCGCAGGCUGAACUUUUCUAAGGAACUGUGUGAUUGGUGUUCAGAAAUUUUCAUGCAUUGUUGGCUCUUGCCCUAGUCUUGCUUUCCCCCCCUGAUUACAAAUCUGCGGCGAGGCCAAGGAUUUCGAAGUUUGGUCAUGGCGCAUCCUCACAAAAGUAGGCCAAGGAUUAACCUAAAAUACCAUAUUCAUCAUAAGAUGCGAUUAUACUAAAUCGCCUUUGAUAGGAGCAAUCAAUUCUCACUUUAUUUUGGCAAGGCAAAGAAGUAGUUUUUUUUCCAGCUAAAUGAUGCAUAUAUCUCACAUUCAAAUUCACCAUUCCAGCAACUCAUUUGAUUUAGUGAUGGCAAUGGGGCGGGGCGGGUACCUCAAUUCUCAUGCCCCGCCCCACGCUACUACGGGUCGGGGCGGGUAAAAUCAGCGAGGGUACGGGGCGGGGCGGGUCGACCCACUCUUACAUGUUGUUCAAAAAAAAAAAAAAAAAAAACAAGUAAAUUUUACUUUUUAGGGAAAAACACUUUAAGAAUGAAAAAUAUUGAUAAUAGAAUGGAUAAUUGAGUCUAACAAGUUGAAAGAUCGACUCUAACUAGUUGAAAAAAAGUCAAAAUAGGAAAAAUAUGUAUAGAUAUUGUAAGAAAUUGAGAUAAAAUGAGUCUAGAAAGGGGCGGGGCGGAAGUAGAUACCCAUGCCCCGCCCCAUGCUACUGCGGGUCGGCUAAUACCCGCCCCAUCGCGGGUCAGAUCGGGUAAUACCCGCGGGGCGGGUUGAAAUUGUCAUCACUAAUUUGAUUCCUCCGAAUUUUGUUGUUACUAUAGGCAUAUAUUUAACUAUCCUUUUUAUGUCGAUUGUCGUCAUCAAUGAAAUAUUCGUAAUGAAUUGGUGUAAUCUCAACAACCAACAUAAUAAACCAGAUCGAUAAAUUUAUUUUCAAAUCAAACCAAAUAGUACAAUUAGUUCCAUCAAAUUAACCACAGCAUACUUC